UGUCCCCCCUGUGCUCACCCCAGGUGUGUCACCCUGUCCCCUGUGACCCCCUCAGUCCCCCCAGGACCCUGUCCCCCCUGUGCUCAUGCCAAGUGUGUCACCCUGUCCCCACUCUCACCCCAGAUGUGUGACCCCCCCUCAUCCCUCCCAGCCUUUCAUCCCGGCUUUCAUCUCUGGUUGUCCUGGCAACACCCCAAAGGGUCCCGGGGGUUGCCAUGGCACCCAGGGAUGCUCCAAGUCCAAGCCAAGGACCCCCACAGCCCCCUCCCAAAAUCCUGCCCCACCCUCAGCACCGCAGGGUUGCCCUAAGCCCAGGGGGUGGCAGUGCUGGGGGGUGACAGGGACAGGGGUGGCAGUGCCAGGGGGCAGGAGGUGCCCCUGCCCUGGGUGUGCUCUGCUCUCCCCUCUCCCACAGCUGCACCAUGGCCAUCGGGGAGGAGCUGCGCAGCGGCCGCUUCUGGCGGGGGGUGCUGGCGGAGCUGACGGCGACCCUCAUCUUCGUGGGGGUGGUCCUGGGGGCUUCGGCAGCCCCCGGGCCACUGGCACCGGCGCUGGCCGGGGGGUUGGUGGCCGGGGGGCUCGUCUGCACCCUCGGGGGUCCCCAGGCCAACCCCGCGCUGACGCUGGCCCUGCUGUGCACCCGCAAGAUGAGCGCCCUGCGCGGGGUCGUGGGGGUCCUGGCCCAGUGCACGGGGGCCACACUGGCCUCUGCUGCUGCCCGAGCCACGCUGCUGGAUGACAGCAGCCUUGUCACCAGGGUGAGCGCGGUGGGGACAGCGGGGACAGCGCUGGCCUGGGAGACCUUUGCCACCUUCCAGCUGGCACUGGCCGCCUUCGCCGCCGCCGAGCACGCGGCCCCGCAGGCCGGGCUGGCCCUGGGCAGCGCCGUGGCCGCCGGUGCCUUGGCCGCAGGGCCGUUCUCGGGGGGCAGCAUGAACCCCGCGCGCUCGCUGGGGCCGGCCGUCGUCACCGGUGUCUGGGAUGAUCACUGGGUGAGUUGGGGGCACCCUUGGGCCCCCCAGAGUCCCCAAAUAAGGGUGAGUCCCCCGGCUGCAGCGUGUGACCGCUGCGGCCCCAUUCCCAACCCAGACAGCGGUUCCUGCUCUUCCCUUCCCUGGGCUGGGUCCCCCUGGGGUAAGUCAGCACCAGCUGUGUCCCCCAGGGUGUCACCAUCGCAGGACCGGUGUGUCCCCGCUAUUGCCAUCCUUGGCACAAGCCCCACCUCAUCCCCAUCCUCGGGCUGGGCCCCCUUCCCCAGUCCCCGUACCCCAAACAAGUGACACCCCCUCCCCACGGCUGCCCUCAUCCUCUGCUCGGUUCCAUCGCUGGGAUGGGGUCCCCCCGUCCCUGGGACACCCCAACUCCCUGUGCCCCUCCAGGUGUACUGGCUGGGGCCGGUGCUGGGUGCGCUGCUGGCCGGGCUCUCCUACGAGCUCAUCCUGGCGCCCGGAGCCUCCCGGGAGAAGCUGAGCGCCUGCCUCGCCUGCCGGGACGUGGCUCCGGUGGA